GCUUCAUCCGCAAUUUGCUCUCUGCGCAUUCCGUCGCUGAUCCAUCCUGCGCCUUCCCGACCGUCCGCUCGCCAUGCUGACUUGCAAUCCCUCCCUCGCCCACGACGAGCUGCCUGACUCGGAUGCCCGGUCCGUCUCGGAUAUGUCGUCCUGCUCGAUCGACUCGGCCCGGUCCUGCUCGCCUCUGGACCAUCCCGUUGUGCAGCUGCCCGUCCUGCCUCUGCACUUGAUCGCUUCCGGAAAGCUCUCCCUCUCGUCUCGGUCGCUCCUUCAGCAGCAGCAGCAGCAGCAGCAGCAUCGGCCUGCCUCGCGCCCAAAUCGCAUUCGUCCUCCCAAACCGUCGGUCUUCUCGUCCCCGUCGUCGUCGCUGAUCUCGUCGUCGCUGAAGCGAACCCGCGACCACCGGACUCUCCACAAUCUCGAUCAGCUCAAGUCCCAUCCGCUGGGUCCGCUGCCUUUCGAUGGUCACCAGCCCAACCAAAACCACCAGCGCCCCUCCAAGCUCCGGAAGAACAGCCUGUCGCCUGCAAAUCUGCCCUUCCCGUCCGCGUCCGAUACGUCGCCGGGCUCGUCUGUGCCUUCGUCGUCGCUGUAUCCGCACGGCUCGUCCUCGCCCUAUGUGAUCCUGCCUCCACAGGAAUACGACAGCGCCCCCCGCAAGCACUGCGCCGUCUGCAGCAUGGACAUUUCCAACUAUAGCGUCCACAAAAAGUCGCAGCAGCACAUUGAAUGCCUGUUCCAGGUGGCCAUGGAUACCGGUCUGAUCCGCGAGCGUGUCCGAAAGAUUCCCAGCACCGACGGCAAAAAGGCAAAGUACUUUUGCGAGGACUGCAACAUGGCCGUCACCAAUACCACCCAGCACUGCCGCACCGAGUUCCACAAGGAGAACUUUUGUGCCCGUGUGGAUGAGCGCAAGCCGACCACCCUGGUCGACAAGAACGGCGCCAAGAAGAUGUUCAAAAUCUGGCACCAAGUCGCUCCUUCCGGAUACAAGCUUUGAGGCGCUCUCCCAGUUUACUGUGAAUCUCAGCAACAGCCUGUACAUAGCUCAAGGUUCUUUCAUUUCGUUUCCUUGUCUUUUUGCUCCGUGCUUCCUUUCUCUCCGCCAUCGACCCUCCUGGCCAGCGUCUGCCUCUGCCCGCCCUGGACAUCACAUCCAUGGCACUUGCUCAAUCCCCCACCGCACGCUACAUCCAUUCAGCGCUGCCGCCUCCAUCCCGGCAGCGAUCUCCCCGCCAUCACACACCACCCUGGCGACCCUGGCCGCAAUUUUGAUUCUGGUUUUUCUUUUUUCUUUUUUGAUUUCCUCCGCCGUUUCGUUUCGUUUCGUUUCACUCGCUUCUGCCCCCCGGUUUUCUUCUUGGCGCAGACCCUCGCAAGUUUCUAUUGGAUCCGUCCUAGCCCCGUGUGUCAGUCUUAUCCCCGUUGCCCCUCCCCACAGAACACAGAGGUAGGUCUAUUCGUGCGUGA